GUUUUGACGUUUGUCGAAUUAAGGACAUAACGGAAGGUUGAUUCCUAAAUAACAAUUAUUAACGGAUAAUACGAAAAUCAAACCGUACGAAUCAGGGAUAAUCUCUGGUACGAAUACACAAGGACGUAAAUAUGAUAAUAUAGUGUUAACACUUACAUAACAGCAUGGUAUAAGGCAUAACCAGAGAACGUAUAUCAUGGUAUAAGGCAUAACCAGAGAACGUAUAUCAUGAUAUCCGGAGCAUGUGUUAGUUCACAAUAGCAAACGAAGUAGCAAUGCUAUUUUUAAACUUGAAUAAUAAAAAAACAUAAACAUAUAGAAGUAGCUUAAGAGGAUUAUGCCAAAUUUCUAAUGCAUUUAAUACUGACAUAGAAUUUUAACGAAUAGAGGAUAUUUUCAUUAAAUUUCUCUGGCAAUAUAUUCGUGUGUAAACGAAGCCUAUGUUAACAGUUCGUUCAGUAUACUUAUAUACAUAUACAUAUAUAUAUUUGGCGUUAACAUGCUUAUGUCCAAAACAUGCGUUCUUAGCAUUUUUGGUGAAAAAUUAGCUCAAAUUUAUGAUUUCUUAAUGAAUAAUUGCGGAAGUAAUCAAUGAAGAUUAUUUUUAUUGUAUUCCGAAAUUGGGGGGUUUAUUUUUGGAUGUAUCCGCAUAAUGAAUACCAGUAUUAGUUCACCACACUAAAAGUACUUUGAAAUGGAGUCUUUUAUUACGGAAAAGCAAUUUUGGACUGGAAUUUUUUUAUUGAUUAGAAAUUACAACGCUGUUAAUAAAAGUAUAUUUGCUUGUGUAGUACAAAAAGUGUUACAAGUAAAAAAAGGAAUUGUGCAUUUCCUUAAAGUGGAUGAUACCCAAGUUUCUUGCGAUAUUUUUGAAAUAGGCAAAAUUGAUGAUGCUUCUGUUUCUGAAAAAUCUGAAGCAGAUCUAAUACACGUACUUCGUAGUGUAGUGGAGAACAAAAAUAUAGAAGAGGAAUGCGAGGGCUUUCUAAUAUUUUAUAAAUUUCUGACUAAAAAAUUACAAAAAAAUAUUGAAGCUGUGGGUAAAAUUGAUUUGCUAAAUAAAACAUAUACAUGCCGAUUUAAGUUAAGUGAAGAUUUGGAUGAUUAUGCUGUUCAAUUUGCUGACAACCACUUAACGGUUGACAUACUCACUCAACGUGGUGUUGGAGAUAAGAGUACGCGAUGGUCAGAUUUUAUUCUGAAACCAAAACUGUUGAAGUGGAGUACAAACGCAGCUUUGGAAAAUUUUUAUUCAGUUGACGAAAAAAAGCAUACGAAAUCUUUGCAGUUGGUGGACUUAGAAGAUUAUAAUAAACUUUACAAGUUGCUUAAGUCCAAAUACGCUGAAAAGGCUUUGAAUAUCUGGAACAAUGCACAAGAAUCUACCGAUCCUCUAAAAUUCAUUUAUGAAGACGUAGCCAUAGCUGCUUAUUUAAUUUGUCUAUGGCAGCGUGUUGGUUCACCGAUUGGUUUCGCCGAUUUGGGAUGUGGAAAUGGCUUACUAGUACAUUUACUCUCUGAGGAAGGUUUCAAUGGUUGUGGUUAUGAUGUUCGACGACGUAAAAUUUGGGGUUAUUACUCAGACUCCACACGCUUAAUUGAGCAAACAAUUGAACCUUUAACGUUUAAGCUGCCAGAAAAUGUAGACUGGCUGAUUGGUAAUCAUUCUGAUGAAUUAUCGCCAUGGAUACCUUUCUUAAGUGCUACUAGUAGCUAUCAGAUGCGUUACUUUCUACUUCCAUGCUGUGCUUACGAAUUUUCAGGUGCAAAGUUCCAACGUCGCAAUACGGGUAUAAGUAUAUAUCAAGAUUUUUACUCAUAUUUGAAUAUUAUUUCACAAAAUUGUGGUUUUAUAACGUUAAAAGAUAGAUUAAAAAUACCGAGUACAAAACGAUUAGCUUUAGUUGGAAUCGAACGUUCAUAUGAAUCGAACUUUAAUGAAAAGCAAAUGCAACACAUUGCAAAGUUUGUUAAAGAAGAGCGUACUAAAUAUGGAAACAACAUUUCAAUUGUUGAUAUAAAAUUACGCGAAUCACAUGAAAAAGUUCGAAAUUGUACACAAAUAAAUAAAACAAUUAUAGAUGCCUUAAUUUUAAAAAUAUUCCACCAGUUAUUAUCUCCUGGAAAUAAUACAAUAAGAACAAGUAAUGCUGAAAACUGUAAAUGGCGGUCUGGUGUUCGCUUGCCUAUGAGAGAUAUUGCUCAAAAUCUAGCUAAAAGUGAUUUGAAAAGUAUCAAAGCUGAAUGCGGUGGUAUUAAAACCUUACUACGAAAUAAACAUGAAAUAUUUGAGUUUCAUUGUGGAGACUUAAUUGGAAUAAGGAAACCAAAAGCUUUUGUAUCUCAAUCUCAAGGCAAUCGCCAGACUAUUAAAAAACGUUCCUGUUUUUUUCACGUGCAUCACCCAGAUGGAUGUCCUUUAUCGGCCGAAAUAUGUACAUUCAUUCAUUAAAAUAUUGCCUUUUUAAUUAUGGUAACCCAAUUUUAUAUUUGAAUAAGUUUUUAAUGAAAGUUUCUAUUUCUGAUUUAAAAUAUAAAUUUUGGUUACACAUUUAGAAAUCAUAAAAUGCAGUUUUUACAUUUCUUUUUUAAAGGUGUCUUAAGCCAUUACGGUUUACAGAUGAUAUAUUUUACAACUUCGGAUAUUGAAGAAAAAUAGUUGAAUUUUAAAGGUGUAUACUAUAAUUCAAUACAUUCACAAUUCUGAUUUUAUAUAGAACAUCAAGUAGACGACUUUGACGUAAACUGCAAGUAGAUAAAUUUAAAUAAAAACUUGAACAAGUUAGAAGUCAAGAAA